UUUCUAUUUCUGCCCCUAGGUUCCAGAAAAUGACAGAAAGAGAAAGACAGGAGAUGAACUACGGUUCAAGUUCUAAACUGGAAGCCACUUCUCAUAAGAUCAAAAAGACAGGUUCUGAAGACACAUUCGGCAGACCAAGCACUGACACCCCGAACUUCCUUGCAAUGUGGACCAACUGCUUGAAUUCAACACAGUCCAAAAUGCAUGAGGAAUUUAUUGGCCGAGCGGAACACGAGGGCAGUGGACCAGCAGAACUUUAUCCCCACCUCAAAGAAGAAAAUGUUGGGGAAUCUGUAGAUAACACAUCGCCGAAGAACUCAACAAAUAAACUCUAGAUGUCAUCGUUGUCAACGAAGAGGGAGGAGGAGGAGAAGAAGAAGAAGAA